UUCUAGUCUUUUUCUUGAAUUUGAAGCAAUAUUAUUGGAAAACAGGCUUGUUAUGAAAAAUCAGGAUGUAAGAACAUGGUGGAAGACCAGAUCUUCAUUGGAUUUUAGACUUAAAACUUUAGUUGAAAGCAUGGAAAAUACAUGGCUAGGUUGUUGGAAAGGGCUUUGCCUUGGUAAGUCUGUAAGUGAUGAAAGAACCAAACUGCUACUGACAAAAAUGGAUUCCAUUUCUGAAAUAGCUGAAACAGCUAACACAGAUCUGUUACAGUGUUUGCUGGACUCUGCAACAUUUCUUUCAAGGGAACAGUUAACAGCAGCAAUUUGCCAGCUGUGGAAAUGUAAUCCUUUUGAUGAAAUUUAUUCUAAGCUCUGUACUGCUCUCGCAGAUCUUGCAGCUGAACUUCCUGAAACUGAAAGGCAUCCUGUAGUUCUUAUCCUUGAUAAGAAUAUUCAAGGUUUGCCAUGGGAAUGUAUGCCGAUAUUAAAGAAUGUACCUGUUACCAGAAUGCCAUCUUUAAAUCUUCUGAGUGUUAAACUGAAUUCUCAGGAAGUUGAAUCCAUUAUAAAGACUGGUAUCAAUUGUGAGAAAGGAUAUUAUAUUUUGAAUCCUGGUGGAGAUUUGAUGGAAUCACAGUCUUAUUUUCAAACUCAGUUUGAGAAGCAAUCAAAUUGGGAAGGCAUUACAGGAAGACCACCAUCUCCUACAGAAUAUAUUUCAGCUCUGAGAGACUAUGACUUAUUUAUAUAUUGCGGACAUGGAACUGGAAGAAAGUACAUUGAGGGUAAUGCUAUUGGAAAAAUCAAAUGUCAUGCCACUGCAAUACUCAUGGGAUGCAGCAGUGGGCAUUUAAAACGACUUGGAAAACAGUUAGAGGCAGAUGGCAUAGCUUUAAAAUAUUUAUUAAAUGGAUGCCCAUGUGUUGUAGGUAACUUAUGGGAUGUUACUGACAAGGAUAUAGACAGAUUUACAGAGAAGCUGAUCAAAUUGCUGGUGCCAAAUUAUUCCAGCAAUGAGAAUUCGACUGAUGUCGCUCAUGCAACAUGUAUAGCUCGAAAUGUUUGCAGGUUAAAGUAUUUAGUGGGUGCAGCACCCAUUGUAUACGGAUUUCCUAUUUCUGCAAAAAAAUGAGAAUUAGAAGAAGUUCCCACAAUUCAUGUUAUCAAUAACUAUAAUUUUUUUUUUGUAUGUCUUAAAAUUCCGUAUUUGUAUGAUGUGUAAUAAAUCAUAUUUUAAUAUGUGUGACCGACUGUUGCAGUUUUUAACUGUAUAUAUGACUGCUAAAACUUACUUUUUGGCAGACUUUAGUCCACAAUUCAUGUUAUCAUUAACUAUAAUUUUUUUGGCAUGUCUUAAAAUUCUUCUGUAUUUGUAUGAUAUGUAAUAAAUUAUAUUUUAA